UGUUGGCUUUCUGUUUAAAAAAACAGCAGGCUGGCAAUUUUGAAGGGACAGCAACAAAGUGAUGACCAAGUGCCAAGUGACAGCUGUCCUUAUUCACGAGAUUGAACAAGAAUUGGAUGAAGAAGAAGAAGAGAUGAUGGCUUUUUUGUGCCGAGACCUUGCUCCUGACUUAGCAAAUGCUGACCUUAGAAAGCUCUUGGUGGCUUUGAUUGAGAGGGGGAAAUUGACUUUUCUUGGCUUGUCUGAGUUGUUGUAUAGAGUUAAGAGGUUUGACUUGCUGAGAAGGAUCUUGAAGACUGAGAAGGCAACAGUGGAAGCUAACCUUGCCAGGAGUCUCAGACUUGUCCCUGAUUACAGGGUACUAAUGGUAGAGAUUAACGAGAAUCUGGAAAAAGAAGAAGUGGGUACUCUUGUUUUUCUACUCAGAGAUUAUGUACCUCGUAUGAAAAUGGCAAAAGAUAAGAGUUUUCUAGCGCUUGUGACUGACCUGGAGAAACUAGAUUUGGUAGCUCCUAAUCAACUGGAUCUGAUGGAAAGUUGUUUUCAAAGCAUUCACAGGAUAGACCUGAUUAAGAAGAUUCAGAAGUACAAACAUGAAGCUGUAAUAUGCUGUGUUCAUUCUCAGUCAGCAUAUGUCAAUGCACUUCAGGCAUCUCUCCCUAAUCUCAGUCUGAUUGAUCUUCCUUAUAAUUCAGGGAUCCAGAAUGUGAACAAAGAAAAAUCACAAAAUGGACAAACUUUUAUUCUAGCAGAACCAGUCCACAUGUCCAUUCAGGAAUCAGGACCAGCAUCAUAUAAGGUGUUUGAUGAUAAGUACAGAAUGCAAAGUCAGCCUCUAGGGAUAUGCCUGAUAAUAGACUGUGUUGGCAAUGAUGCAGGUAUGUUGGAAGAGACCUUCAGAGGCUUAGGCUAUGAUGUUCAUUGUCACAAAUACUUAAAUACGAACAGCAUGAGUCGCACAUUGUUUCAAGUUGCAAGGUUGCAAAAGCACAGAAACUAUGACAGCUUCAUCUGCAUAUUAGUCAGCCGUGGAAAUUCCAAGAGCAUAUUCUGUACAGACCAUACCUUUUCUGGAUUCCCUUUGGAACAAGUAAAGAAAUACUUCAGAGCAGACUCAUGUCCUGAACUCCUAGGAAAACCGAAGCUUUUUUUUAUUCAGAGCUACAUUGUGCCAGACAAUGAGCAAGAAUGUACUAGUUUGUUGGAAGUAGAUGGGAAUAAUGAGAACAUCUUAGCUAAUGCAGAAACCCCAUGGCAAGCCACUAUUCCCCAACUAGCAGACAUCUUUUGGAGUCACUGCAAGGUGAAUAUGUCUACACUAGAAAAAUCUCGAAAUUCAUCCUCAUAUUAUCUGCAUUGCCUGGCUGAGCUACUCUGCAGUCCUCAUAAAAGGUAA